AUGUUAUAUCAGAUUAAAUCAGGAUUUAAUAGGUAUAUUAAUUCAUUGAGAUUAAUAAAAGAAUAUAUAUUGCAAAGUUUUAUAUUUUUUGAAAGAAAUAAUCAGUAUAAAAAUUUUUAUGGAACCAAUUCAAUGAAAAGUACGGAUUAUAAUGGAGUUAAAUCACAAUCAGAUAUAGACUCAAAUAUUGCAAUUUCUCAAUCAGAAAAAUCAAAAAAAUGUAUUAAAGUUAUAAAAAAAAAAAGUAAUAGGUAUACCAAAAAAAUUAUACAGAUUAAUUGGAAUAUAACAGAGCAUGAUUUAAAACAUAGGCUUAGAAUUGGCAUGAUAUCAUUAGAAAAAGGGUAUGAUAUUGAUGUUUUAAUUAGAUCUAGAAAAUCUAAAGGAAAAUUUGAACUAUGUAAGAGAGAAAAAAUGCUUAAAAAUUUACGUGAAAUAUUUUUACAAAAAGGAAUUGAAAGAAAACCAGCUGUUGGUACUUUUAAUGAUUCAUAUACGUUAUAUUUUAAACCAAAAAAAUAUCAUAAUAUAUCAUAA